UUAUGCGCGUCUCCUCGUGAGAUUACGUGUGAUGUUAGUGCGCGUCUCCUCGUGAGAUUACGGUGAUAUUAUGCGCGUCUCCUCGUGAGAUUACGGUGAUGUAAGUGCGCGUCUCCUCGUGAGAUUCAGUCGGUUCAGUUUAAUGAGUUCAGUGCGUUAAAGCUCAUUUCUGCUGGAGCGGAUCGGGUGAUUGAACAAUAGAAUGAGUUUAAUAGAGGAGAACACGGAGCGAUGCGCGAAUGUUUCACCCCGAGAGCUCACUCAGAACCCUCUAAAGAAAAUAUGGAUGCCGUCCUGCAGAAACGGGCUUCCAGAGAGACACAUUAGUGAAAGAAAGGUAUGUAUGACCAACUGCCCCACACUUAUAGUGACGGUGGGUCUGCCAGCCAGAGGAAAGACCUACAUCUCCAAAAAACUCACCCGCUACCUCAACUGGAUUGAUGUUCCAACAAAAGAGUUUAAUGUUGGACAGUACCGACGGGAAUGUGUGAAGAUCUACAAAUCCUUUGAGUUCUUCCGGCCAGACAAUGAAGAGGGGCUUAAAAUCAGGAAACAGUGUGCAUUAGCAGCUCUCAAUGACGUCAGGCAGUAUCUCACCGAUGAAGGCGGCCAGGUGGCGGUCUUCGAUGCCACAAACACAACAAGAGAACGAAGGGAGACGAUCCUCAGAUUCGCUGAACAGAACGGUUUUAAGGUGUUCUUUGUGGAGUCUGUGUGUGAAGACCCAGAUGUGAUCGCAGAGAACAUUGUUCAAGUGAAGUUGGGCAGUCCAGACUACACACACUGUAACACGGAAGAGGCCAUCGCAGACUUCAUGAAGAGGAUCAAGUGUUAUGAGAACUCCUAUCAGACGCUGGACGAGGAGCUGGACAGGGAGCUUUCCUUCAUCAAGAUCAUCGAUGUGGGCCAGCGUUACCUGGUGAACCGGGUGCAGGAUCACAUACAGAGCCGAAUAGUGUACUACCUCAUGAACAUCCACAUCACACCGCGCUCCAUCUACCUGUGCCGGCACGGAGAGAGUGACCUGAAUGUCAAAGGUCGCAUUGGAGGUGAUUCGGGCCUCUCGGCCAGGGGAAAAGAGUUUGCUAAGGCGUUGGGACAGUUUAUUCAGUCACAGAAUAUUCAUGAUCUGAAGGUGUGGACGAGUCAGAUGAAGAGGACCAUACAGACGGCAGAAGGUGUCGGUGUGCCGUAUGAACAGUGGAAAUCUCUAAACGAGAUCGACGCUGGCGUUUGUGAGGAGCUCAUGUAUGAGGAGAUCCAGCAGAAAUAUCCUCUGGAGUUCGCUCUACGGGAUCAGGACAAAUAUCGCUACCGUUAUCCCAAAGGAGAGUCCUAUGAAGACCUGGUCCAGCGGCUGGAACCCGUGAUCAUGGAGUUAGAGAGGCAGGAGAACGUUCUAGUGAUCUGUCAUCAAGCCGUCAUGAGGUGCCUACUGGCCUACUUCCUGGACAAGACUGCAGGAGAACUGCCGUACCUGAAGUGUCCUCUACAUACAGUAUUGAAGUUAACACCUGUGGCUUACGGUUGUAAGGUGGAGUCCGUCUGUUUGAAAGUGGAUGCUGUGAAUACACACAGAGACAGACCGGCGAAUGUAAAUGUGCAUCGUUCUACAGAAGACGCCCUGCAGACCGUUCCACCCCGCCUCUGACCUCUGACCUCCGUGUCACUGUUCUAUCUCCAUCUGUGUCUGCUCUGCCUUCUUCAGAUCCAGUUGUGUUCGGUGAUGAGUUCCUGUCUGUAAGAUGUUUUCUGCUUGUGUAACGUGUGCUUUAUGACAUGUAUAGUGCGUGUAGUCCUGUUUAACACAGAUGAGUAACGUGUGAUCCAGAUGGAGUUUCAUUGAGGACUCAGUGUGUCAUGUGCAUCGAUAUAUGUAAGUGGAUAUACAUUAUACAUACAGUCUGAAGAGAUAUUAUUGCUGCUCCUGCUCACAUGUUGUCAUAUCUUAAAGAGUCAUCUCUGUUAUUUUGAGGGAUGGAUGGCAGUGUGUGUAUGUGUGUAUGUUUGUGUGUGUGAGUAUGUUUGUGUGUGUGAGUAUGUUUGUGUGUGUGUGUGUGCGCGUGUCUGUGUGUGUGCGCGCGUGUCUGUGUGUGUGCGCGCGUGUCUGUGUGUGUGCGCGCGUGUCUGUGUGUGCGCGCGUGUCUGUGUGUGCGCGCUCGUGUGUGGUGUGUGCGCGCGUGCGUGCGUGUUUGUCUGUGUGUGCGUGCGUGUGUGUGAGUGUGUGUUGUCUGUGAGUGUCUGUGUGAGUGAGUGUGUGUGUGAGUGUGUGUGUGUGUGUAACACAAAGAAACACUCAUUGUGUCAAAGAACAUAUUCAUGAAAUUUAUUUUGUCAAAAUCUUUUGUUGUUUUUGCUUUUAAUUCAUGGUUCUGACAUGUUGAUAGAGUAUAUUUAUUUAUUUUUAUAUGUUGUAAGGUUUAAAUAUAUUGGCCUGUUUCACCUGACAUUUAAACCGGUGACUUUAUAAAUGUGUUAUUUGAAAUCAACACUCACUGACUGUUCAAUCGGGUAUUUUUAUAUCUUGUAGAUUUUGCUCAGAAUAAUUGUGCAGAAUAUUCUGCUUUUUUAACUGCACGUUUCUGAGAAAUUGAAGUGCUAAUGAAAUUAAAAUAAUAAAUAGCUGUUUGUUACAUUAACAAAUGUGGGAAGAAAGUCUUGUGGGAAUUUAUAUUUACAUCGAUAAACAUCUCAUCGGUGAUUCUUCAAUGUUCAUACCUUCCCAAUAUAAGGAUCAACUAAAAUCUACGUAUAAUCACAGGGUCAGAAAUUAACUUUCACAUUAAGGGGUGAAAUCUGCCCUCUGCAUUUGAUUUUCAGGGGCGCUUUAAACAUAUUAUAGGGCAGUUUUUUUUUUUUAACCAAAUAUAAGGUGCCACCCUCUUAUCUCAAAUACUUACAUUUAAUCAAACCGUUUACAUAAAUUCUCAAUAUGAAUGACUAGAUUGAGAAUAUAUGACCUCUUACCCAGAAAAUUCCAGCAAUAUCAACAUAUACUUUAUGCGCAACUGCGCAACUAACACAAAUCCAUGUGUAAAAUGGAUUUGUGUAUGUAUAAAAUGGACUAAAUAGAGGAAUUUAUUUUUGCCCUUAUUCCACCUUAAUUUCUGACCUGUACUGUGUGAAAUGAGAUUAUCGGGGUGUUUCUAAUGUAAUCUGGAUUUGUGUUAGUUGCGCAGUACAAUAUAGUCCAUUUAUUGAAGUUGCCUCAAACGAUGUCCAAAAAGUGCUUUAAUACUGUAUAUUCCACAAACGAAUAUAUGAAAUGGUUGUAUUGUUAUGAUUAUUGGGUGCCAGUAUCACAAUAAAUAUGUAAAAAUGUGUUUUUGAUGUAUGAGCAUUAAUAAUAAACAUAUAUGACACUACUGACGUUAUCAUAAUCACAGUUCAUUAAAUGUGUUUUAUCUCAUGUUGGAUCACACAGAGACGGAUAUUCUCUAGUGACUUCAUGGGUCAAUAAUAUAGAUGAUGUGAAAGUACAAGGAUUUCUGGGAACUGUUGGAAAUUAUGAUCUGUGUUUGUAUAUUUAAAUGGUAUGUUUUCAUUAAAUUAACCGUAUGUGGUGAUUUUA